CGUUGUGUGGUUGAAGUAAUCAGUUAACGCCAAGCCAUCGCCACCAUAUCUCUCCGGAUAUUUUCCAAAUUCUAACUCCGUAAUCCAGUUCAAAAACCUUCCCAAUUUUCAUUUUCCGAUUCACCCUUCAACCAGCAAACAGAAGCAGAAGCUGCUGCAAUGGCGACUAUCCUCAACUGCUACUGCAUCUCAGCCACCUCCGCCGCCAACGCGAACUCUCCCAUCUCUCUGGACCCACCGACUGCUUCAACUCCGCCGACGAAGAUCAUUCUUCCCAAGAAUAAGCCCAUGAAGUGGUCCACCGGAGUGGCCCCCGGAGAGUACGGAGGCCCGCCGACGACUUCCAAACUCCGGAAGUACUGGGGCGGCGGGGAAGACCCUCUCACCUCCGAUGGCUUCAUCUGGAACAAGGAUUUUGUUGGUCCCAUGAAACGCUUGAUUCAGGACCCUCAGGAAUCGUCUCCACUUCAAUCCUCUGCUCCUGUUAAGGAGCCUUCUGGGUUUCUUAGUUUGAGCAGAGUUAUGAGCCUUGAUAGUUUGGAAGUUGAUUUAAGCAAACAGCUGACUUCUCCUACUAAACCCGUUGUCAACCAGCCAGUUGAGGCAGCUCAAGUCAGUGGCAACACAAGGCCAAGAUGGAGACUGGUACCAACACGACGAGAGCAGGAGAAGUGGGAUAGAGCUACUAAAGCUGCAACUGGAGGAAGCGAUGUGAUGUUUCGGGAAAUAAGGCGACCUCGAGGAGACCCAGAAGUAUUAGCUGCUCAGUCAAAGGAGCAGUAUCUUGAGUUGAAGACGAAGUUGCAGAUUCUCACUCUGGGAGUAGGUGGUAUAGGUUUACUCUCUGCUUAUGUUUCUUAUUCUCCUGAGAUUGCAGCAAGUUAUGGUGCUGGGUUGCUAGGUUCUUUGGUUUAUAUGCGAAUGCUUGGGAGCAGUGUGGAUUCGUUGGCAGAUGGAAGCAAAGGACUUGUUAAGGGAGCAAUUGCACAACCAAGGCUUCUGGUUCCUGUUGUAUUGGUCAUGAUCUAUAGCCGGUGGAAUGGGAUACUUGUACCAGACUACGGAUUCAUGCAACUAGAAUUGAUACCGAUGCUAGUGGGAUUCUUCACGUACAAGAUUGCUACGUUUAUCCAAGCCAUUGAUGAAGCUCUGACGAUUGUAGUUGGGAAAAAUACUCAAGUCUAAACCACUGGACAACCUGUGCCUGGGAACCGGCUUAUUCCGUAUUUUGGAGCUGCUGCCAAAGAUAAUGGUUCCAUAAAUUGACUGGAUUGUAUCACAAAGCAAUAUAGCUUGGGAGGGUGGGAAGGAAAUAUGUAGAAGACAACCACAAUGUUAUAUAUAUAUAUAUAUAUCCAUUCAUUGAAGAGUUAUAGAAAGCUCUGUGAUUUUAGUUAGGCUGCCAUACAAAGAGAAUGAAGCAGUUGUUUUGUUGGGCAUGCAAUGACAAAAAAAAGGUUGCGGUAUUAUUAUUCUCUGUUAUUGUACAAAACCACCCAACGAUUAAUUCAUUCACCCAACAUUUCUUCA